GCGCGGAAGGACAAAUCAAUACGCAUAGAAGUGCGAUUUACAAGGCGAUACCAUUUGAUUUGCUUCAAUAGUUGUAGUUGUCGACUUUAAUUAAUUUGUUUCCUGGAAUUUGGUAUUUGAAUUUAGAAUUUUCCUUAGAAAAGUAUAUCGCAUCUUAAUUAAUUUGGAAAAACUUUAAAGGAGAGUGAUUGUCGUUGACUGUGACAAGCGAUAAAACAUAACCAUAAGGAACCUUUGAAUCAACGAGUUAAUCCUUUUUUAUAUCUUGAGAUCAUUCCUGUAUUCUCCUGGAAAUAAUGGAUCAUAUCAGUGAAAUUGGAGAUCCUGAAGCUCUAACUGGAGAUCAAAUAACUGAAACAGUUGAGGAGCUGAGAGCGAAACUUGAAUCAAUGAGAAGUUUGUUAGCCAACAAUCAGAAAGGAAAAGAGAAAAAAGGAGGCUCAACAAAAAAUGCCAGUAUUAUAGAUGGCACCUUUCUGAGCGCAAUCUUCGGGGUGGUUCUUGUGUUGAUAGUAGGCGUCAGUUUCUACGCCUUUCAGAACCUCUUUUGGGCCAUCCACAAGAAAUUCAAUCCACGGCACACUGAGCUGUAAUGCGUUCUCCCAAUGUUGACAAUAUAAUUAUGUACUUCCCUAUGGCUGUGCUCCUUCCUUUUUUAUCCAAUGAAAUUGUAGAUGUUGUUUAAUUAAAGGAAAAAAUAUA